CUCUUUUUCUUUCCUUUGAGACCCUCUUUCACUGUCCUUCCUUUUGGUGUCUUUUUUUGACCAUUAGUUGCCUUUUUUUUUGGUCUAAUUCAAAAAGCUACCGUUUAUUUUUAUGAAGGUCCCAGCGUUGAAAGAAUCUUCAGUGCGAAAGCGCCGACUGCGCUACCUCAAGCCUUAUUACUCGCGACAGCUCAAACGACACGGAACGCUCCCGAACGAUACAAACGAUGAUGCUUUGAUUUGUGGCUCCUCCACACUUGAAGACGGCUUAGAGCUCACUUGUAGCACUCAUGUUUUAUCCGAUACUGAAUUGUCUCAUAAAGACGACACUGAGGCUUCCAAUACUAACCAACGCGAUGCAAAUUUGACGCCCCUUCCAGUGGAAGCCUGUUCCACCAUCUGUGAAACUGACCUUGCCAUGGGAACUUUGAAGGUUGCCUUCUCUACCGCUGAAGAGGACGGCCAAAUGGUCGCUCCUGAAGACGCUCCCUCCGGUCAGAAUGACCCUCCAUCUCACUCUUCAUCGGAUGCUGAAGGUGACUCAAGUGAAGACAAUGAUGAAGAAAGUGGUUCGUCUGAUGAGCAGGAAAACUUGAAUGAAGACGAUGAGGAAGACAACUGUUCCUCUUCGGAUUAUUAUGAACCUGACAGCUCUUCAGCGGACGAAGCUGACGAAGCCCCAUUGAUUUCUUUCCUUGUCCAUUCUGGCCAGAAUAAACGCCCAUGGGCUGAAGAAAAAAUUGUUGAAAACGAAGAAACCGGCGCGGAUGUUGGUCCAUCGCACGUGGAAGAGGAAGAAAAGAAGCCCAAACCGCCGAAACGCCGUCGUUUGCGCAAGCACAUUGAUACGCUUCGCAAUAUUAGUGCAAAUGAACUGGACAAUCUGAGCGAAAUCAGCCAGCGUUGCACUUACGAACUGCUUUCUCCGUCUUCCAAGGUGUCUCCUGUUGUUGUAGGCCACACUACUGGUGUCCGCCAACGCCACCUCAACCGAGCCAAAGCAUCGCCAUCCCGCCUUGAUCAGCUGGCGCAGCGUGAAGUGACCGAUUUGGAUCUGAGCAAGCAUUUCUUUAUCCCCGAACAGUGGGUUACCAAGGACAGUGGAGAACAAGCAGCUGCGUGCAAAUCGGAUGGUGAGGAUGACAGUGGCAAUAGUGGCACCGAUGAUGUGAUGGAAGCUUGUUCGGAACGUCCUGUUGUCGGAACAUCCUCGGUUCCUGACAAUGCUUCUACCACAGAGGUUAACCCUUACGGCGAGCUUCCUACCUCCAACUUUCCUGAAGCGACCAUCGCGCCUACUUAUUCAAACCUUUUCACCAAAUUCUUGCAUCGCAUGUCUCGAAUUUUCUUGCCUGACGGUAUUUAAAAAAGAAGGUCAUCUCUCAUCACAUUAACAAUUUCUUUUGUCAUUAUGUAUCCCCUUUCGCUUUUUCCUUGCCUGACAUUUUCUUUUAAAAAGAGGUCUAUACCUCUCUAUAGUAUUAAUCCCACUUCAUCGUCCUUUUUAUCAUACCAGUUCUUCCAUUUUACCCACAUCAUAGCGUUUAUUAUUAAAAUAAAUCCGUAACCUCAUUGUGUUACAGAUUCUUCUAUCA